AUGUCCGUGCGCCGCGGCGAGCGGCCGGCGCGGCCCGGGACCCGCCUCUCCUGGCUGCUGUGCUGCGGCGCCCUGCUGUCCCCGGCCGCGGGCUACGUGAUCGUGAGCUCGGUGUCCUGGGCCGUCACCAACGAGGUGGACGAGGAGCUGGACGGCGCCUCCACCGAGGACGCACUGCCCGCGCUGCUGGAGGACUCGGGCAGCAUCUGGCAGCAGAGCUUCCCGGCCUCGGCGCACAAGGAGGACGCGCACCUGCCGCCCCCGGCGGGCGCCGCCCGCGCCAGGCCGCCCCCCGCGCCGCCCGGGAUGUUCUCCUACCCGCGCGAGAGCGGCCCGCGGCUGCGCCCGGGCACCGCCCGCUUCCUGGCCCACGCCAGCGCCUGGGGCUGUCUGGCCGCCGUGUCCGCCCACGAGAAGAUCCCAGGACUGCCAUUUGGGAACUGCCUGCCCAUCAGCGACGGCCCCUUGAGCAACAGCACUGGGACUCCUUUCUUCUAUGUGACACCCAAGGACCCCGUGGUGGCUGAUCUGAUGAAGAACCCCAUGGCCUCGCUCCUGCUGCCAGAAUCAGAAGGAGAGUUCUGCAGAAAAAAUAUUGUGGACCCGGAAGAUCCCCGAUGUGCCCGCUUAACGCUCACUGGCCAGAUGAUUGCUGUGUCUCCAGAAGAAGUGGAAUUUGCCAAGCAAGCCAUGUUUUCAAGACACCCAGUUAUGAGGAAGUGGCCUCGGCAGUAUGAAUGGUUCUUUAUGAAGAUGAAGAUAGAACAUAUCUGGCUUCAGAAAUGGUAUGGAGGAGUAUCUGACAUUUCAAGGGAGGAGUAUUUCAAAGCAGUUCCAAGAAAGGCCUGAUGGAGUAAGAAGAAAGUCCUCGGUGUUGCGUAAAAUGAAACCCUUUUAAGUGAUGCUGCCAGACAGCCAUUGACUGCUGUCUCUUUGUCAAAGGGUUCAGAGCAGCCCUGUCACCCUUAUAGCAGAACGAGAGGGGGCGACCAGGGAACCCUGCGCUAGACCGAAGAUUCAAGUGGUCAUUUGCAAAUCCCCAGUUCACACAGGUACUUCACAUACCUAGUCUCUGUUUACAUUGUAUUCAAUCCAGACUCACCUAUUUGGGAAUCAUUGUUGGUUGUCAAAGUGACAUGUUGAGAUGGUUGCUGUUCCAUUCUCUAAGACAAAAAAAAAAAUUAUGCCUGUAUGUACAAUGUGAUUGCUUUGUAUUGUGAGAGUAUUUUUAUUGCUUGCUGUGCCAAAGGCAAUGUCUUGGUUCUAAGCUCACUGCAACCACGAAGGAACUAAAUGUGCAUCACACAGCCACAAUCUGGUGUUUAGGGUGAGGGUGCAGGACUGUUUGUCUCUGGAUUACGCAUCAUGCUCCUGGAAUGCAAAUGCAUUAUUAAGUCACAUUUGCUAGAGUGUAUUGGUCAUUUAUGAAGCUUUUCCCACUGCAACAUGAGGAAGAGAGAGGACGCAGAGUUUUGUGCCCUGUUCUGUGUAAGCAGGCCAUGGUAGGACGCUGAAGAGAAGGGACGGCUUCGGCAUCAAGCUCCCCAGAUCCCCACUGCUAAUGCUCCUGACAGAGGGUCCCCUUCUCUUAGGCAUAAGGAGUGACAUCCAAAAUAAGAAGCACCUCAUCUGUGGUGUGUAGACAGGAGAGGGGAGAGAGUGAGCCUGGGAAGGAAGCUAAGGCAACGUAUAAGAGAAGGAAGGAAAGAAGUCAGUAACUGAAGACGUGCUCCCUGGCCCCUUGGGCCAGGCCCUUGAUGGGAUCGCCUCAUUUAAGCCAUACAACCAAUGAGAUGCAUGUCAUCACUGUCACUCACAGCCAAGAAAACUGAGGCUCAGGGAGGCUAAGGCGACAUCCAACAUCUGACUCCAGAACUCACUGCACGCAAUGAACAGAGUGGUACCUGCAAGAUUUCUAGUUUUAAGAAUGAGACCAAAGAGUUACUGAAAUGUACAGGUAGUCAUUGAACCAGGAGCAUCAGUAAAGUGAUAACUAACCUGCUUUGCUUCCUACCAAAAGAAAGAAGUCUUUGCAAUUUGAUUGUUACUGCAGACUUAAAAUUUUCUAUGAGUUAUAUGCAGGAGCUCCUGGUGUUUGCAAGAAACUGCAUUGUACCUAUGUACACAGCUAACGCCUUCAAGGACCUACGUGUACACAUAUCCCAGACCUCUUAUGUUGAAAGCUAUGAAGGAUCUAGUACCCAGUUUUCUGUCUUUUUGUAAUGGCUAUAAACUCUCUUCAGUGGAUUAGAUAUGUUGUAUAACAUAAAAACACAACACUAUAUAUAGCAAAUAUACAUUUUUAAAAUAAAUAAAAGUGUUAUUAAUGGUUACACUUUUGUUUAAAAAAUUAAGACAUGAAGAGAGUUUGAGUUGUCAAAAUGUUUUUUUAAGUGCCUGUUACUAAAAGCAUAGUAAGAUGCACAGAAUUCCUUAUUUAUCAAAAGCCAAUUCUCAAAAGAGAUUCUAACAAUAGUGGUUUCUAAUACGUAAGAAUAAGGUAACUUGAGGGUACUUCAUAUUUUCAGAGUUUAAAAUUAUUACUGCCCCCAAUUUAGAGGUAAGAGGGGAAAACUGGAAGGACAAACCAUAUACUCCAGAAGUCAACCUCAAUCCUUAAUUCUCUGAGCAUCACUGCCUCCUGGUCCUGCCUUAUGGAUAAUGUUUCUGUGCUCAGUUUGCUUUUAUAAUCACGUUCCACUUAGCUCAACAAAGGUCACUCUGCUGCUUCAAUGGGCUUUGCAGUGUGGGUGCCAAUUAUAAAUGUUAUCAGUUAUUUAUCCAAAUUACAGGAAACGAAAUCUGAACAGGUUGGAUGAUAAGAAGAGUGUUGAAAAUGCAUCUGUCUGAGAAUAGUGGGCCCCAUUCAGGCCAGUAAGUUUCAGCAAAUCUCUGUAAAUUUACAUUGAUUAAAAUUUUAAAGGCUGUACUGGAAGUUCUAGACAUGGCAAUAAGGCAAGAAAGAAAGAAAUGAAAGUAUCCCUGUUUACAGAUGACAUGAUUGUCUACAUAGAAAAUUCCAAAGAAUCUAUUAAAAAAAAAAAAAAGAAAACACCUAGAACUUGUAAGUGCGUUCAGCAAGAUCUCAGGAUACAGGAUCAGCACUUGAAAUUUAAUCACGUUUCUAUAUAUUAACAAAGUGGAAAUCAAAAUUAAAAACACAAUACCAUUUACAGUCUCUCCAAAGAAAAGAAAUACGUAGGUAUAAAUUUAACAAAACACGUACGGAAUCUAUAUGCUGAAAAUUAAAAGAUGCUAAUGAAAGAAAUCAAAGACCCACAUAAAUGAAGAGACAUACCAUGUUCAUGGAUUGGAAGACAUAAAAUAGUUAAGAUGUCAAUUCUCCCCAGAUUCAUCUAUAGGUUUAACACAAUUUCUAUCAAAAUGCUAGCAAGGUUUUUGUGGACAUAUUCAAGCUUAUUCCAAUCAUUCCAAGGCAGGGCCCUUGGAACAGCUAAAACAAUGUUGUAAAAGAAGAAUAAAUAGGAGAAAUCACUCUACCCAAUAUAAAUAUUUAUUGUGUAGCUACAGUAAUCAAGACAGUGUGGUAUUGAUGGAGGCAUAGACACAAAGAUCAAUGGAAUAGCAUGGAGAAGCUAGAAAUAGACCCAUACAAAUAUGCUCAAUUGAUUUUUUAUAAAGGUACAAAAGUAAUUGAAUGGAGAGAGGAUAGCCUUGUCAGUAAAUGUGCUGCAGCAAUUGGAUAUCCAUAGGCAAAUAAAAAGAACCUCAACCUAAACCUCAUACUUUAUACAGAAAUUAAUUCAAAAUGGAUUAUAAUCCUAAACAUAAAAUGUAAAACUAUAAAACUUUUUUUUAAAAAAAUAGAAAAUCUUUGGGAUCUAGGGCUAAGCAAAGAGUUCUUAUACUUGACACCAAAAGCACAAUACCAUAAAAGGAAAUUUUGAUAAAUUAGACUUUAUUAAAAUUUUAAAAUUUUGCUCUGCAAAAGACCAUGUUAAGAGAAUGAAAAGACAGGCUACAUACUGGGAGAAAAUAUUUGCAAACCAUGUAUCUGACAAAGGACUGGUACCUUGAAUAUAUGGAAAACUCUCAAAACUCAACGGUUUUUAAAAAAUCCAGUUACCUAUAGAAAGGAAAACAUUGAUUAUAUAGGGGGGAGAAGGGAGAAAAAAAUCCAAUUAGAAAAUGGAGAAUAUGAACAAACAGUUCACUGCAAAGGAUAUGCAAGGGGCAAAUAAGUACAUGAAAAGAUACUCAACAUCAUUAGUUUUAGGGAACUGCAAAUUAAAACCACAAUGAGAUACCACUAUGUACCCACCACAAUUGCUAAAAUAUAGUAACAACACCAAAUGUUGGCAGGAUGUAGAGCAACUGGAUCAGUCGUAUACAGCUGGUGGGAAUGCAGAAAGGAGCAGCCACUCUGGAAAACCAUUUGGCAGUUUCUUAUAAAACUGUACGUGCAACUUCCAUACCACUCAGCACUUGCACUCCUGGGCAUUUAUCCCAGAGAAAUGAAAACUUAUGUUCACACAAAAUCUUGUAUAUGAAUGUUCAUAGCAGCUUUAUUCAUAACAUUCAAAAACUGUAAACAACCAGAUGUCCUUUAAUGGGUGGCUGGUGAAACAAAUUGUGAUAUAGCCAUGCCAUGGAAUACUACUCAGCAAUAAAAAUAAUUUCUGAUACAAGCAACAACUUGGAUGAAUCUCCAGAGAGAAAAAGCCAAUGCCAAAAGGAUACAUAUUGCAUAAUUCCAUUUAUAUUACAUUUUGAAAUACAAAAUUCUAGAAAUGGAGAACAGAUUAGGGGAUCCCAAGGAGCAGGGUGGAGAGGGAGAGAGGUGGUUGUGAUUAUAAAAGGGUAACAGAAAGGAUGCUAAUGGUGAUGGAAAUGGUCCAUAUCUUGACCAUAUCAAUGUCAAAAUCCAGGUUGUGAUGUUGUACUAUAGUUUUGCAAGACGCUACCACUGGGGGAAACUGGGCAAAAGUCACACAGGAUCUCAUUGUACUAUUUCUUACAAUUGCAUGUGAAUCUACAAUUAUCUGCAAUUAUCUCAGCAUCUACAAUUAUCUCAGAGUAAAAAGUUUAAUAUAAACAAAAUUUAAGGGUUAGCUUAAAUAAGGCAUUUAUGCUCUCUCUCUUGUUGGUCCCUAAUGAAAUGAAGAACUGAGCUAUGUGCCAAAACCUAGCAGAGCAGACAACAAUAGUUUUCUUUUGUUAACCAUUAAUAUAUGCAUUUGUGGAAGAGAUACAAGAUUCCUUUAAAAGUUUUCUAGACGUAUUCAAUUUAAUAUUGAAUACAAAUUAAUAAGAAUUCAACACAUCUGCUAUAUAGGUUUUACAUGGGACACUUAGAAGGGGAGGAUAUUUUCAAGUUUCUGACAUAAACACGUCGAGUAAGCUACAGGAGUAUGUAAGUGUCCAAGUCUGUACAUAAUGAUUCUCCACCAAUCUUUAUAGCAAAGAACCAUAUUUCCAGUAAUCUUCCUCUAAGUAGUCUGGGAAAGAAUUCUUCUGUUUCUGUGAAUAAGCUAUAUCCUGACCCCCGAGUUUUCAUUUACAGUGAUUGUACAUAUCCAUGAUGUUGACACAAAGAGUGUAAUUCGGAUGUUACUAGUUUCAGUAUGCCUUGUAUAUAUUGACUCGCUAUAAAAGAGUUGUUUUUUGGUUGAAGUGUGUUUCUACAAUUUUGUCAGGAAGUCCAUACUUCAUUUUUAAUAAUUUAACCAUCAAAUACUGUUCUGAAAAUAAAGCUUCCCUAGAAUAAUUUAUUGAUGCUAAUUUGAUUGCUAUAACAGCAAGUCAAUUAUUAUAAAAUUUCAAUUGUAAUGAAGCUAUAGGUUUGUGCUUUGUAAUGCAUGUGGAGUGUAAAAUCUAUUUUCAAAACUAGAUAUGUCUAUUUACCCAAAGACUGUUUCAUUCCUGAUAUGAUUUCCAUGCUUGAUUAAAUAAAAUUAUGAUAUUUAUA